AUGCGGUGGCCCGGCGUGUCGCUCUGCGGGCUGCUCUGGAUGUGGCUGCCGCUGUCCUGCGGCCGCCCCGUGAAGAUCGACAAGCUCAAGGCAGACACCAAGAACCUGGCCCGGACCCUCAUCGCCCGCAUCCAGGAGCUGCAGCUCUUCCCCCUGAACCUGAAGAUCAGCGGGCUGGAGUUCAUCCCCGGGGAGCGGGCGCCCGAGGGCCUGGCCGCCGUGGACGAGCGGCUGCAGGGCUUCCAGCGGGUGCUGGCGGGGCUGCCGGCGGGCAGCCUGCCGCUGGCGCAGAUCGCCAACGACAUGGAGAACCUGCGGAGCCUCCUGGCCGCCCUGGGCGCCCACCUGGGCUGCGCCCUGCCCCGCGCCGCCGGCCCCGCCGCCGCCGGCCCCGCCAGCCUCGCCGACGUGCUCGCCGUGUCGCCCUACACCGCCGCCGGGCUGGCCCUGGCGCGCCUCCGCGCCUGCCUCGACGGCAUCGCCCGCCACCUCGACGGCCUCCAGAGCUGCUAG